AUGAAGCAAGUUAACAAAUCCAUAGAAAAACCUACUUUUAAGGGUGCUGGUGGUAAUAUUGGCGGUUCUGGUGUAAAAAGAAAGAACGAAACUCAGGAUAGCAAUAAUAAUGCUACUAACAACAAAGCCAAUGCAAAAAAUGAAAUAAACAAGAAACAAAAGUUAAAUAGCGCGGAAUCAAAGAGUAUUGCAAAACACGUGUCUUUUGCUGUCCCUACUUUUGAAGUAAUUGAUACACAGAGUAACGCUUCUUUGGAGGAACAGUUGAAAAGAAUGAAGGAAUUGGAGCGAAAAUUGGCCGAACAAAAAGAACGAAAACUACAGAUUGAUCAAUUUCUUCUUAAUAUGAGAAAAUCAAAUUUGAAAGAGGGAGUUGCAGGUCAAACUCGUGGCGAUAAUAAAGAUAUUAAAAAAAAUAAUGGGAAGAUUGGAGACAUUAAAAAAAAGAAUGAGAAAGGAGGCGAAAUUAACAAACAGCAAAAACUCUCAAAAACACAACGAAGGCGACUUAAAAAAAAACAAAGGAUUCUACAACAACAAAAAGAAGAGAUUUCUUCAAAACAAAACAUGGAGGUUGGAACAAGUGGCUCGAAUCAGAAUAAAAAUAUAGUUGAGAAUGAGAGCGAUGACAAGUCUGUUCAACAAAAAAACAAGAAGCAAUUAUCCGAAGGAAAAUUCCGAUGGAUAAACGAGCGACUUUACACCACUACUGGGACAGCAGCAUUUCAACUAUUCAAAGAGGAUCCAUUGAUGUUCGAAGAGUAUCACAAAGGUUUUCGAUCUGUCGUUGAGGCAUGGCCAGUAAACCCCGUUGACAUAUUUAUUGAUUUUCUAAAACAAAAACCUGCUGACAUCGUGGUAGCGGAUCUUGGAUGUGGUGAAGCGAAAUUAGCAAAAGUGGUACCGAAUAAAGUGCUUUCUUUUGAUUUGGUUGCGAGUAAUAAUCAGGUGAUUGCAUGUGAUAUUGCUAAGCUACCAGUUCCGGACUCUUUAUUUGAUAUUGCAAUCUUUUGCUUAUCCGGUGAACUGAAAAUUGCAGAAGUGGUUAGUCGAUUUACUGAUAUUGACGCUUUUAUCGAGUUGGUGCGUGAGAUUGGAUUUGAAUUCACCGGCAAGGGGCCAGCCAGCAAAAUGUUUAUCACGUUAGAUUUUAGAAAAAAUAACGCUACUACUGACCCUGGAAACAUCAGGUGGAAAUCGCGAAUUGUUACGAGUGUAGUGCUAAGACACGAAAGAAUGUACACGGGAAAUUUACCUUACGCCUCGGACUUUGAAGGCGAACCUGAAGCUUUUUUACAAAGAAUAGUGAAGAAUUUAUGUCUCACUGCAAAAGCUCAAGACUGGGGACCGGGAUGCAUGCAUUGGGUUAAGCAACUAAAUGGCUAUCUUGACCUUCAAUAUCCGCUGACGAGAGAAACUCGUGCCGUUCUGGCUCGAAUAAUGUUUGAGCUUUCAACAGCAUCUGGUAUUGAUCCUUCACGUGGAGAAGUAUAUGCUAGCAUUUGCAUGCGUCUACUCAAGAAAAAAGAGAAGAUCGGUCCUGAAGACUUGACUUUACCUUGGAAACCAUUGUUUGAGAUUAUAGAUCGUACUUUUUUUGCAAAGAAUCGACAGAAAACGCUAAUCAGUGAUUCGUUCUUCCCACCCGAAACCUCAGAACAAAUUCUGGAAAAAAUACUACCGAUAUACAAUGCAAACUCGCUAGGCGACGCAUUUGUAGUGCAGGCUUAUCUUGUUCAUUUUUUGCCCACACGUCCAUCAGCAGACGGUCAAUAUUUGGCAACAAAAUGGUUAUCAACUAUUUUUUCGCUUUGGUAUUUGAUACCAGGCUCUCUGAUAUACCAAACGGAGUUUCUGGAUCUUGUGGCACGCGUUGCCGAGGAUAAUGUUAUGAUAGACUUGAAUGAUCCGAAUAUGAUUGGUGUGUUUACUAAAGAUCAAGCGAGGACUGUUUUUGCUACUGGAUCGAAGAUGAUGGAUAUACCGGUUGGAAGUUCUAGUGCCGGAAACGGAAGAGGGACACCGAUCGUUGGAUGGGCUUCAAGAGUGGAUAUGCGAGCUGGAAGUGCUAUGCAUUUAAGGAAAAAGGCGGAUAAAUUUAAAAUGAUGGCAAAGUUUAUUGUUUUUACAAUGUUCCCCGACGACCCAAGCAAAGAAUCGUCCCUUAACCACUUGGCGAAUUUGAUUCAAGCAAUAGAAUCUUAUUAUCAUCCAAGUAAUUUUGGAAGGUGGACUUUUUCUAUAGUACGCUUUUUACAAUUCCUAGGAUAUGAAUUUUUAAAGAGAUGGAAAGACGAACAAAAUCCUGAAUGUACUACGCCGCUACAUCGUCGACUUACUACAGAUAUAAGACACGAGUUUGUCCUGAUAAUAAGAAAUGUCACUUUUCUGUCGAUGUUUGGUAAAGACGCGUUGUCAAUUGGUGCUAGUCACGCAGCUUUGAAAUAUUUGGCUUGGUUAGAACCUACUUUGAUUUUUCCAGGUUUACUAGAACGCGUCUAUCCAUCACUGGAAACUUUGACUGAGACCCAUCGCACAACAUCCUCCAUUUCCGCGCUUUCUCUUCUCGCCAUACCGUUAUUUUCACGUGUUCAUUAUCCAGCUGGCGGCAAACACCUCGCACCUUUAUUAAAUCUUGUAAUUCCAGGAAUCGACAUGAAUGAUCCCAUUAAAACAAUAUCAUCGCUCAUAUUCAUAACUCAUGCAAUUAUGGGCGUUCCUUUGAUUGAUUUGACGGAAGGCGCGGGGAUUGAAAACGGAUUUCGUUGGUCUGGUAUAGAAUUUGACAAUCUGCGCGAUGACGAAAUGGAGGUUGAUGAGGCAGAGGAGGAUGCUCUUUGUAAAGCUAGUACUUUUGAAUUUGUAGAAUGGGUUGAAAAAUUCUAUGAACGCGUAUUUAACAUUUUUAAAUAUCUUCCUAAACAAGAGAAUAGAAAGAUAAAAGUACAUAAUAUGGAGACGGGAUUGGUUACUGUUUUACUGCAUGCAUGUGAAGUAGUAGGCUUUCAAUUAUCCGAUAAAUUACAUGACCUUGCCCUAAAGCAAGUAAGGGAAUUCGCGUCUGAACACGCAAUUCAAAAUGCAACUAAACCAAUGGGUUUCUUAUGUGCAACACUUACGAGUCCCAAUCGCAAAAAAGGCUUGGAAACAUUCAUCCCGUUAUGCUAUGACAAGAUUAUGGAAGAACUUGAACAUGAUCGUGCUUCCGUUCCCACCGCAAGCCCGUCAUAUUUCUUACAAUCCGACAACACAUUGCACUGGUAUCAAUGUAUAUUAUAUCAUGUUGUAAUGUUUACUGGUGCAGAGAUAUUGGUAUAUAAAGACAAGUUAAUUGCUUUGGGGAAAAUGAUGGUCGAGAAGUGUCUUUCACGAAAAGGAUACAUUUGGGCUGGGAAGUUCAUAAGAAUGCUCUUGAUUUCUUUAACGCAAAUAUACCCCACAGAAUGCCGAAGUGUUGAUGAAGAGCGUUGGAAUUCGGAUGUAUACAAGAAAGAACAUCACAAGUAUUGGAUGGAACCGGGUGACAAGGACAAUGUAAAAGUGAAUUGGCAUGUUCCGACGGAUGCCGAACUUGAUUUUGCUUUGGAAUUGCUUCAAAUUUUCUAUGAACCUGCAGUAGAAAAAGUCCGACAAUUGAAAGAAACGAGUAGUGGUAAAAACGAUAUUCCUGAGUUCUGUCGCCAUUUGACUAUGAUUCGCAAUUGUUUACAAGGAACAACAACGCUCGUAGAAGAUGAUGGUGAUAUUGAACCCUCUUUCUUUAAAGAUGAAGAUAGCGAGUCUGUUCAUGGCAACGCAAAUAAUAUUUUGCCAGCUGGAUAUUGUUUCACGGAUCCUAUGGACGAACGUAGGCAUUAUGUCCGUGACCUCCGAAAAAGCCUUGGAGAACUUAUUCAUGAGCUUAUCACUUAUUUCCGAACUAAGCGAGAAGAUGAUUUAGAAAGCAUGAAAAUUCUUCUCAAGAUGACUAAAACUUAUCUGACGGAUCGUGGGGUAGAAAAAGGAAAAUACGAAGGAAGCAAACGAGGAUACCAAUAUGCAAAAGGAAUGUUGAAGACCUCGCAUGGUGAUAAAAAGUAUCCUAGAUAUUUGUUAGUCAAGCGUGCUUAUCAACAACAUUUAUGUCGUCUCAAACAAAAUACAUUCUUUAGAGUUCGGACUCGGUUACACGACGACCUGUUUAAUGACCUGGUUGAAUUAUCCUUUAGCAUUUAUUCGGAAAUAAGAAAAAUAGCUCAAGGUUACUUAGCGAGUGCAUCACGUUGCUUUAUUGGAGCUAAACCAUUGAUUAUUCCAAAGUUACUGGAUGGUUUGCUGCCUAAAGAGGAGAAGAAAUCAGAAGAGAAAGGAAAACAACCAGAAGAGAAAGGGAAACAACCAGAAGAGAAAGGGAAACAACCAGAAGAGAAAGGGAAACAACCAGAAGAGGCGGAGAAACCAGAAGAGAAAGGGAAACAACCAGAAAAUAAGAGGAAACCAGGGAGGAGAAAACCAGAAAAAGAACAAAUGGCACAUCCAGAAAUAAUAAAAGGCGCACUCUAUUUAUUAAAUUCGCGGACUUUGAUGCAUCCAUGUCUUAAAGAUUGGCGUUUUGUUCCAACGUUCAUACUACGGAUUUGUGAUGCACAACAUGUGGAUAAGCCAUCCGUACAGGAAUUGAUCAGAAAAGUCUAUUAUGAUUACCUCACAAACUACAGCAAUACAAUGUUCAAAAUGAUAUCAAGUGACGGGCUGCUUAAUGCAAUAAAUGACGCGUUAACCAUUCAUUCAAUCGCACUCGACGAAAUUAAGUACAUUAACUUGAAGACUAAAAUCGAGAAACGUAUGGAAUUCCAAAAAGAUCAAUAUUAUAUUCUGUUGGACGAUUUAUUAAAAUUGGUGAAGAAGGAGGAACUGCAUUGGCGAUUCAAAGAUAUGGCUGUUAAGUUUCUUGAUGUGUUGGUGAGACCUGAGGCAGCACCCACUGCAGAUUUAGUGGACUUUGCUACGAAAACUUUAAUCUCGGAAGACGCAGGCCUUCGAAAAAUUGCAAUAUCAACCACGACACGAAUACUGGUUCAUAUUAAACAAAGAGCUUUUACACCCGGUGAUUUCGACUUUAUAAGUCUGAAUAAAGAACAAAAUCCGUUAAAGAGGACUAUUGAGCUGCCGAAACCUCUUCCUCCGAAUUAUACUGAACAGUAUCUCCAAACCAGACUUUCACCGUUUGAUGAGAACAAGCUUGAAAAUGUGUUUCUACAUGACAAGAUGAAUAUAGGAUGGUAUGCAUGGCCAGACAAAUACGAUGCCUAUAUUCCGCGACCCGAGUCAUUUGAUUUCCCUAAAUUUGAACCAACAUCUGAAGAAGCCUACAAAAAGUUUCUUGAAAUAUUUUCAACUAGUGAUUUCUGGGAAAAGUUUACACAUUUUUUAUCCCAAGAAUCAUCGAGAGACCGCGAAGAUAAUUUCUCGGUAUUAAAUGGACAUCUAUUUAAGAGUAUUUUCCAAAUGUUUGAAGAUCAAUUCUUGGAGACUGUAAAACCUUUGAUUGAGAAAAUGUGUGAAAAUCCAGAAGAGAAACAUCGACAACGUGCAGCUGCUGAAAUACUGGCAGGGAUUGUCAGAGGUAGCAAACACUGGAAAUUAAGCAGAUCUAAAGCAAUGUGGGAUUGGCUGAUACCGUUAUUGGAAAAAACAUUUAAUGCGAUCUCUCUGGAUUCAUUAACAUACUGGGAAAGAUUUUUAAGUUAUUGUUUCCGAAAUCAUGAUCCACGACGCGUAUAUCGUCUAGUAGAUCUGGUAUUACAAUCGAAAAUUGAUCACGAGUCAAAUAAAUCAUUCGAUGAAGCGAAAAAAUUAUUUUUCGUAAACACUCUUAUAAGCUGUUACUCUUGGCAGAUCAUACCGAAAUCGCAAACGUUACUACAAGACUAUUUCGCCAAUAUUCGUCACCCUUAUAAGCAAGUUCGAGAUGUGCUUGCUGCAAAUCUUAAUAUAUUGUUUCAGAUACAAUGGCAUCCGUCGGCACCGGAUGUCCAGACACUUCUGGAAACGAACCGUAAUAUACCACGCGGUGUGGGUCUUAUCCCUACUAGUUUGCCGAAAGACUAUCAGGGAAUGGUGCAAGAACUUGUGGAAGAGUUGGCUAUUUGGCGUGCGGAAAAGAAACCUACUGCUAUUGGGUCUUCGGAAUAUAGUAAUGCUGGCAAAACAGUUCUUGCAUGGUUCUACGAUUCUUUAUCAAGUUGGCAAGCCACCGGCACAUACUCCUUCAUUAUUCCGCUGCUCUCGGAAAUAUUUCAUAUGCAGGAUGUGAACGACGAUCAAGAUCUUCAAUCGGUGGCUACGCACGUCCUUGGAAUGAUCGCUUCAUUUACAUAUCCGCCUGAGAUGGUAUUAGUCAUGAUCAAUAAAAUCAUAGAGAUUUUGAGGGAAUCUCCGAGUUGGCAUAUAAAAGUCAAGGCCUUACCGGUGUUGCAGGUGUUUUACUUUAAGCAUUUGUUUAUGUUGACUCCCGAAGAAAUGUUACGAAUCAUGAACACAGUAUCUGACAUGUUGAUGGACAGUCAAAUUGAGGUGCGUCAAAUGGCUUCUGAAACACUCUCUGGUCUCAUUCGUUGUUCUCAACGAAACGCCAUAGCAGCAUUAAAAGAGCGAUUUAAUGAACUUUUAAAAACAAAAAUACCACCAAGAAAACGUACAGACCAAGCGCCACGUGCAGCAAGACCUCCCGAAUUUCAAAAUGCCCUUGUGAGUCGCCACGCAGCUACACUUGGCCUUUCAUGUUUAAUUGACGCGUUUCCUUACGAGGUGCCUAAAUGGAUGCCGGAAGUGUUGGUACAGCUUGCAAAAUGUAUAUCGGAUCCUGUGCCCAUACAGACCACAGUCAAAAAGACGUUCGCAAAUUUCCGAAGAACUCAUCAGGAUUCUUGGCAUGAGGAUAAGAAAGAAUUCACUGAAGAUCAACUGUCACUUCUUUCCGAUAUGUUGAUUUCACCAUCUUAUUACGCUUAA